AUGCUUAAGGUGAUUGGCUUUAUAUUAUUAAUUCAUUCAGCUAUUUCUUUGAUUAGAUAUAGAAAACAUUUAAUCUAUAAGGAUAUGGCUGAUUAAUACCAUAUACCUCUAGAUGUAUCAAUAUUUUCUUAAUUUUAUAGAUCUUAUUGGAGAUUAUUGUUGGAUUUGCAUUAAACAUGUUUUUUGGAGUUAUUUUAGAUAAAAAAUUUGUUAACAUUCAUUAAUUUCCUCAUAAGAAAACGUAUAAUAUAUAUUUUCUACCAUAGUUAUGAUUAAGCAUUAUAAAGACCUAAUUUUAAAUAACCUGGUGGCAGAGGUGGAGUUUUGUAAUCUGUAGUAAGAGAUAAAAUUGGAAAUUUUGAUAUAAACAAUUGAUAAAUUUAUGUGCAU